AUGGGUGAUUACAGAACAGCUCUUAAAGCCCUUAAAAAUGCUUAUCAAAUUCAGCAAAAAGCUUUUGAAGAAGGUAAUCCAGCUUUUGCUUCAACAUACAGCUGCUUUGGAAGAGUUUAUCGCAGUAUGAAAGAUUAUCCAAAAGCACUUGAGAAUUUCGAAAAAUGUUUCUCAAUACGUCAAAAAGCUUUACCUGAAAAUCAUCCGUAUCUAGCUAUUAUAUAUAGUGAUAUUGGUGAUGUUCAUCGUUUAAUGGGUGAUUAUGAAAAGGGAAUUUCAUUUCAUGGGAAAGCAUUGAAUAUUCAAGAAAACGUUCAAUGUAAUCCUCUCGAAUGUGCAACGACAUAUAUAAAUUUAGGUGAAACUUACCGUGAAAUGAAAGAUUAUACAACAGCAUUAACAUAUUAUCAAAAAGGAUUUGAAAUACGUGAAAAGAAACUACCAAAAAGUCAUUCUGAAUUAGCUGUAAUAUAUCAGAAUUUGGCGAAAUUAUAUUUAUCUACUGGACAACAUAAGAUGGCAAUGAAAAAUGUUCAACAAUCCAUACAAAUUGCUCAAGAAAAAUUACCUUCAAAUCAUCCACAUAUUUUAGAAUGUAUAGAAACUUUUGAAGAAAUUCGAAAGAAAAUGUAA